AUGGCGGAGGACUUCGCAAGAGCGGUGGACGAUGGGCUUAAGCUCGCCAAACGGAUUUAUUUCGGCAACGACAGAGCGGUUGCGGCGCCGAGGCUAACGGCGCCGAUGGAGAGAUCCUCUACGACGCAGGGUUAUCUUCCCUCGGCACCGAUGGUGUACGCCGUUAUACCCGACCCGGGAAUUGUGGAUAACCCGGACCUGCCUAGCUACCAGCCUCACGUGCACGGCAGGUGCGACCCGCCGGCUCUGAUUCCGUUGCAGAUGAACGCGAUUGAGCUCGACGUUGAUUGUUAUCUCGACACGGCUCUCGUCACCGUCACCGGAAAUUGGCGUGUCCACUGCGUUAUGGGAAGCAAGCGAUGUGAUUGCCGAAUCGCAAUUCCUAUGGGAGAACAGGGUUCAAUUCUAGGUGUUGAGGUAGAGAUUCCUAGAAAAACAUACACAACUCAACUGAUCACAGCGGAAGAUGGAAACGAGCUGGAGAAAACGGCACACCCUGAAAAUGGAGGUUUCUUGAAACCAAACAUUUUCACUCUUACAAUACCACAGGUUGAUGGAGGUACCAACAUAUCUAUAAAGAUGUCUUGGUCUCAGAAGUUGACGUAUAACCAAGGGCAGUUUUUUCUUGAUAUUCCUUUCAAUUUCCCUGAGUAUGUGACUCCUGCUGUGAAGAAAAUCUCGAAGCGAGAGAAGAUCUUCUUGAGUGUUAAUGCCGGUACUGGAACAGAGGUUCUCUGCAAAGGUUGCAGUCAUCAACUAAAGGAGAAAAUGCGGAACGCAGGGCAGCUGAGGUUUUCACAUGAAGCAGAUGUUUUGAAGUGGUCCAACACAGAUUUUAGCUUUUCUUAUACGGCCUCUUCAAGUAAUAUAGUUGGUGGGCUUUUCCUUCAAUCUGCACCUGUUCAUGAUGUUGACCAGAGAGAUGUAUUCUCUGUCUAUCUUUUUCCAGGAAAUCACCAAAAAACAAAGGCAUUUAAGCGGGAGGUGGUAUUUGUUGUUGAUUUAAGUAAAAGCAUGACUGGAAAACCUCUCGAGGAUGUGAAAAAUGCAAUCUCCACAGCUCUAGCUAAGCUAAAUCCUGAGGAUUCCUUCAACAUUAUCACUUUCAGUGAUGAUACUUCUCUGUUUUCGAUGUCCAUGGAGUCUGCUACCUCAGAUGCUGUUGAAAGAGGCAUCGAGUGGAUGAACAAGAGCUUUGUCGUUGCAGAUGGAACAAAUAUGCUCCCUCCCCUAGAGAAGGCCGUGGAAAUGCUUUCGAAUACUCGUGGCUCUCUUCCUAUGAUCUUCUUCCUAACAGAUGGGUCUGUUGAAGAUGAGAGACACAUUUGUAAUGUGAUGAAGAAACAACUUGCUAGUGCUGGAUCAGUCUGUCCACGGAUACACACUUUUGGGUUGGGUGUAUUCUGUAAUCACUACUUCCUGCAAAUGCUUGCAAAUCUAUCCAGGGGCCAGCAUGAAUCAGUUUACAAUACAGAUCAUAUUGAAGAACGAAUUGACAAACUAUUUACAAGGGCUUUAUCCACCGUUCUUGUGGAUAUAACAAUCGAUGCCCUGCAGAAUCUAGAUGAAGUUGAGGUAUACCCUUCGAAUAUUCCGGAUUUAACGUCUGCAAGCCCACUGAUGAUAUAUGGGAGAUACCGAGGAAAGUUCCCUGAGAAUGUGAAAGCCAAAGGUCUGCUUGGAGAUUUGAGCAGCUUCUCUGCAGACUUGACUGUACAAAGUGCAAAAGACAUGCCUCUUGAUAAAGUGUUUGCAAAGAAUGUGAUUGACGUGCUUACUGCUGAGCCAUGGUUCUCUGAAGACAAACAGCUGAUAGAAAGGAUUGCUAAACUAAGCAUCCAAACCGGCGUACCAUCUGAGUAUACUCGAAUGAUCCAUUUGGAGAACACAGAGGAAGCAGUGAAACCCAGCGACACCAAGAAAAAGCCAGCGAACAACGGGGAGAAACAGAAGAUGAUAUCAAGAACGAUCCCACUACAAAGCCUCGGGAUAGGGUUUGGUGAUAAAACAGCCACCAGAGAAAACGUCGUACCAGGAUUUGGAGAACAGAGAGCAGCUGAUGCUGCUGAGAAGUUCGUUAAAGCUGCCUCGAGCUGCUGUGUCUCCUUGUGCAACAAAUGUUGCUGCAUGUGCUGUGUCCAAUGCUGCUCUAAGCUCAAUGAUCAAUGUGUCCUCGUCUUCACACAGCUCUUCACUGCGAUUGCUUGCAUCGCCUGCUUUGAGUGUUGCACAAAUGUUUGCUGCACCUGUGGAGACGACUAG